AUCCAGGUGGCUGUACAGGUGCACGUCCGACGGGCGGAUGGUGUCCACUUUAUGUUCGGGGACAACAAUAAAGCGUCCCAGUCCAUUUCAGGUUGAGAGUAAUAAAACAAGCCGAGAUGUAAAAGACUCGUUUUUAGGUGUUAGGUUUGUGUUGCGUCGAGUCAUGGUUUGUUUAGGUUGCAGCUUGAGGACGAGCUGCAUGUCCAGGUGGGGUGUAGUGUUAGAGUACGUAAUGGGCUUGGGCUGGCGAUAUAGCCCGUUAGUCUUAGGGUUAAUUAGAGAUAAGGGUCGUUUGCUUAGGGAGUCAAGUAAACCUCUCUCUAUAUAAGGAGCGGAGAUGUAUCAAUCUAAUGAAGCAAAAAUUAAAAAGGAAAUCCCUUCCCUCUUGCCCGACCGGCCUUCUCGCGCCCUCGCAGCCCUCUCUCCCUCCCAAACCCUAGCAGCCACAUAACACAUACAUAACCACAUAUAAAUUUAGAUCUCAAAUAUUUUAACAUCAAUAUUUUACAAGCCAACAACAUAGAAUAAAUUAUUUAUUAACAAUUAUUAGCAUUAGCAAUAUUAUCUUCUGAUUUAGAAGUGGAACUAACAGAUUGCAAUUCAUCACCACGAAAGAGUGAAAGCAACUUGCCUGAAAAAAUAGCACGCUAACGCUAUGAAGUUUUAGCACGAUAUAGCAUGCUAUUUCGUAAAUAGCGUCACAACGAGCAAAAUUACUACUAAAAUUUAGCGUGGACCCUCUAGAUAUACUAUAGCGCGCUAUUAUCAGAAAAAUAUGGUGCUAUUUUAAACCUUGGCCUAAACUGCCAUAUGCGGACUGAUAUACCGUGUCUGCUAGAGUUGCUCUAAUAACUUCUUGCUUGAGCACGUGAUGUAAGCUACAAUCAUUGGCUAGAACGAAUGGGGCUUUGUUUACUCCCUACUUCGGUUUGGACAAGCAUCACGAAGGUGCCGAACAUUUACCUACCUAUAGGCUGCUGCAAACUCUACAUAUACUAGUAUAUCACGCAAGCACCUCUCACAGCCACCAGAGCCAUUUCCAUCGCAGCCAAAAUGCUAGCCACGGAGACGGAGCCACCUAAAGUGCUCGCUUCUCUCGCCGUGGUACUGUUGCUGCUGCUGACCACGGCCACUGCCGCCACCCUCAUACCGGACGCGACGGUGCUCGAGGGACAGGCCAGAGCGCUUCUUGUAUGGAAAGCCAGCCUUACCAGCCAGAGCCAGCACAUCCUGCUGUCCUGGGAGAACACGUCGGCGACUUGCGACUGGCACGGGAUCAGGUGCACAGCACACCGGCGCGGGCACCAGACCGUGAUCAGCGGCCUCUCUCUUCGGGGGAGGAUGCUGAGAGGGUCUCUGGCGUCCCUCAAUUUCUCGGUGCUGGCGACCAUGAGGCACCUUGACCUCUCGCACAACCACCUCACUGGGGGCAUCCCUCCCGGCAUCGAGGUCCUCGUGGAGCUCCAAGCUCUACUCCUGCAAGGCAACCAGAUAAGAGGCUCCCUUCCACUAGGCAAAAUGAGUGCUAAUCUUGUGACCCUCGACUUGUCAGACAAUCACUUAGUUGGUCACAUCCCUUCAAAAAUAGGCUACCUAAAGCACUUGGUCGCUCUAAAUAUGUCUAGUAAUUAUUUAUCCGGCUCCAGCCCAAGCAACUUAGGAUACUUGACCAACCUCACGACCUUGGACCUUUCGGACAACCAACUUUCUAGUCAAAUUCCACAAGAACUAGGUAAUUUGGUCAAUUUGGAAGUCCUGGCUCUUGGUGGAAACACACUGUCAGGUUCCAUCCCAAACAGCUUUAGAAAUUUGACAAAACUAACCACCUUGUAUCUUUAUGCAAAUCAACUUUCAGGGCAAAUUCCACGAGAACUUGGUUGUCUGGUGAACUUAGAAUAUGUGUAUCUUCAUAGGAACACACUCUCGGGUUCAAUCCCAAUUAGCAUAGGCAACUUAACUAAACUCAUUGCCUUGGAGCUUGCCACGAACCAGCUUUCUAGUAAAAUUCCACGAGAGUUAGGUUACCUUGUGAACUUAGAGCACUUGAGUCUUAGCAACAACACAUUAUCAGGUUCCAUCCCAAACAUCAUAGGAAAUUUGACAAAAUUGAUUUACUUAGGUCUUUGGAAGGACAGGCUUGCUGGGAAAAUUCCACAAGAAUUAGGUUACCUUGUGAACUUAGAGACCUUGGAUCUUAGUACAAACAGACUCUCAGCCUCUAUCCCACGCAACUUAGGGAAUUUAACAAAACUGACUACCCUGUACCUUGACAUUAACCAACUUUCUGGCCACAUUCCUCGAGAAAUAGGUGAUGCGGUGAACUUACGAUACUUGGCCCUUAGUGAAAACAGACACUCAGGUUCCAUCCCAAAUAACUUAGGAAACUUGACAAAACUCAUCCUCUUGAACUUGAUACAGAACGAACUUUCCGGACACAUUCCUCAAGAAAUCGGAAAUAUAAAGAGUUUAUCAACAUUGGCACUCGCUUUUAAUAACCUCUCUGGUGCCUUGCCAUCUGGUCUUUGUGCGGGAGGUCAGCUACAACUUUUGAGCGCUACUGACAACAACUUGGUUGGAGCCUUGCCACCAACGUUGUUAAGUUGUAAGAGCUUAGUCAGGGUUCGACUUGAACGGAAUAAUCUGGAAGGAGAUAUCACAGGCAUGGGAGCUCAUCCAAAUCUUGUCUAUAUUGAUAUCAGUUCAAAUAAGCUAUUUGGUAAAUUGUCUCAUCGUUGGGGUGAGUGCUACAAUCUCACCAUGUUGCGUGCAUCAAACAACAAUAUAACUGGAGUAAUACCAUCAAGCAUAGGAAAAUUAUCGCAGUUGGGUGUACUUGAUAUUUCAUCAAACAAGCUUGAAGGUCAUAUUCCACCGGAAGUCGGCAACAUAACAUCAUUGUUUAGUUUGAGCCUUUCUGGUAACAUUCUCCAUGGAAAUAUACCCCAAGAAAUUGGAUCACUGAUAGAUCUGGAGUACCUAGAUUUAUCAUCAAACAACCUAUAUGGAAAUAUACCAGGAUCAAUUCAGCACUGCUCGAAGCUUCACUUUCUAAAGUUGAGCAGUAAUCACCUCAAUGGUACCAUUCCCAUCGAACUAGGGAAGUUGGCAAACCUGCAAGAUUUGUUAGAUCUAAGUGAAAAUUCAAUUGAUGGUACUAUUCCAAGUAUGCUAGGUGGUCUUAGUACGCUUGAGGCCUUGAAUCUUUCACACAAUGCCCUGAAUAGCAGCAUUCCACCAUCAUUUCAAAGCAUGACCAGUCUCCUAUCCAUGGAUGUGUCAUACAACAAAUUGGAAGGGCCAGUGCCACAUACUAAGCUCUUCGAAGAAGCUCCAAUAAAAUGGUUCGUGAAUAAUAAGAAAUUGUGUGGCGUUGUGAAAGGUUUGACUCCUUGUGAUCUUCCUCAAAGUAGUGGACAAAAAAGGCAUUCUAGAGCUAUUUUGCUAGCUGUUAUACCUAUUGUUGUAUCUUUUGUGUUUGCCACUGCACUAGUAACAUGGAAAUGCAAGAAGAAAAAUAAAGCAAAGGCAGAAACUGUAAAUGAAGGACAACAAACCAACAUGUUCACCAUUUGGAACUUUGACGGGGAGGAUGUGUACAAAAAAAUUGUUGAUGCCACAAACAAUUUCAACGAUGCUCAUUGCAUUGGAUUUGGAGGGAAUGGAUCUGUCUACAGAGCUCAGUUACCAAAUGGUGAAGUGUUUGCAGUAAAGAAGAUCCAUAAGAUGGAAGAUGAUGAGCAAUUUGACCGUGAAAUACAUGCGUUGUUGCACAUACGACAUCGCAACAUUGUAAAGUUAUUCGGUUACUGCUCUGCAUCUCAAGAAAGAUUCCUUGUGUAUGAGUACAUGGAUAGAGGGAGCUUAUUAGCAUCUUUGAAGGGUAAGGAAACUGCAGUUGAAUUGCAUUGGACCAGGAGGUUAAAUAUUGUUCAGGAUGUGGCUCAUGCUUUGUCUUACAUGCAUCACGGUUGCUUCACGCCAAUUGUUCACAGAGAUAUAACAAGCAGCAAUGUAUUGCUUGAUGUAGAAUUUAAAGCCUCCAUCUCAGAUUUUGGUCUAGCAAAAAUACUAGAUGUGCAUGCAUCGAACAGCUCAAAUCUUGCUGGGACAAAAGGAUAUCUUGCCCCAGAGCUUGCAUACACAACAAGGGUGACCGAGAAGUGCGAUGUCUAUAGCUUCGGGGUGCUGGUUCUAGAGUUGAUUAUGGGAAAUCACCCAGGUGAUUUCCUUUCGUCUGUGGACAACAAAACUAUAUUAUUUCGGAAUUUUCUGGACACCCGGCUCAAAAUCCCGGAAGCUGAGAUCGCAAGUGAGAUAUUUCAUGUAAUCACCGUCAUUCUUCGGUGCAUAGAGUCCAAUCCAUCACACCGUCCAACGAUGCAGGAAGUACUCAAGGUGUUCUCAACGGCCAAACAAUCACCUACCAAUCAUAUUGAUUAUCUUCACACCAGCAUUGCCAUCCCUACCUGGUCCUGAAUCUUCAUAAAGUUAGCAAAUCGUUUCUUUCUUCCGUUUGAUUUUGUAUCUGUCUGUAGUACAUUUUAUCUGUAUGCUCGAUUACUUUCUGCAUUACCCACAUGUAGAAAUACUUGUAGGGUUGUGUGUGUCAUGAUGAUGCAAAGGCUGAAGGUUUGAACCUCCUUUUGAGAAAAAGAAAAGAGAUUGAAGUAUUGUAGUUUAUUUCUGCAUUAGCGUUUCUGCAUUCUAUUUGUAUAGUAUAGUACUAAGAAAUGUACCCGUGAGUUGUAACGGGAGAGAAAAUCGCCGAACAUGCGGAGAGGAUAUGGCGCGUGAGCGCCGCCUCUUCGAUGACCUUUGGAUUGCCAUUGUUGCGACCUUGUGGUCGCUCUA